GUAUGUCGACUGACAGCGAAGGGAACGGCGAUCCCCAGCCCUCGAAAGAAAAAGAAAAGGAAACUAAGCAAGCAUACGUCCCCGUGAGCUUCCUACCGCUACCUAUUUCGAAACUUACCCUAUCACUAUAUAAUUACGCAACGAUAUCCAGGGACGAGCAGUUCCAACGGAGUGGUAGCAAUAGCAGUGGCUCCAACAGUUCUAACUACGAUGCAACAACCUACAGGAUUUCCCUACCGAUCUUCAUGACGUCGCCGUCGGCGGAAAUCUUGAGCAGUCCUCAACUUGUUGCUGCUGCUGCCCAUUCUGUGGAGGGGACUGGAAUUGCAAACCAGGGAGCUGUGAUGGACCCUGCUAUAAAGACAACUGCUGCAGCAGUGGCAAUGCGGACUGUUGCAGCAGUGGCAAUGCAGACUGCUGCAACUUUUUUAAGACCUGUUGUUCGUCGUGUCGUGAAUCGAACUGUGAAUUUUGUAGUGACGGGUUGACAAGUGUGGGGCAUUGCUGCAGUUCUCUCUGUAGUAAGAUUGAGUGUGACGACCAGACUGCUGAGUGCUGCUGUGCCAUACUCACUUGUAUCUGCUGUGUUGGCAUUCUUGGAAUUCUCCAGUGUAAUCAGUAGACCUCCAGUUAUUAUAGCUAUUUGUUAUAGUUUAUCACUGGAAACUUGCUUUGCAUUUAGGAAGUC